AUGUUGUCGCAACCGGAUAUCAACAGUCUGCUGCACAACAUGCCUGCGCAGAUUCAGGCGUUAACUACGCAACUCGCCGAGCUACAGGCAAACCCCCCUGCAACAACCCCCUCAGAGACAGCGCAAUUUGCCGAAUGGUGUAUCAAACUCCAGAUUUGGGUUAAGGCAAACUGGGACGCAUUUGCCGAUGACUUUGAGGAGUGCUACAACGUGGGAGUGUGGCCCACCUGGGACGAUCUCAAAGUAGAGAUCAAAAAAUAUCUCAAGCCGCAAGCUGAGCGCAACUGGGCGUGUCAGCAAAUCCGUUCCUUCAAACAAGGCAACAUGAGGACGGAUGAUUUUGUAACCCGGUUCCUGGCCCUCUCCAUCCAAGGGGAUCUUGGUAAUGAACACGCAGUAGAAUUGCUGGAACGCAAUGUGAACCCUUGCAUUGCAGAACAGAUCUAUCUGCAGGAUAUGAGAAAUGAGAAUCUCUCUCAAGCAGCAGAGGAGGUUCGGAAAAUAGGUAGGGCCAUAGAGCUCUACAAAAUGCACCAAGGUGGCGAGACCACCAAAAACAACCAAUCCCAGAGGCGCCCUGGGUCAUCAAACAAUCAUAAUCACUCUCAUGGGUUCAAGUUGUUCGGGCUGCAGCCAGGACAGGGUGCUCCUAUGGAUAUCAGCGCGGUCCAAGGCGGACAGAUGCGCAGAUUCAAGGGCAACUGUGGCCAAGAGGGACACAUGUCCCGAGAUUGCAGAAACGGGGUGCAGGCCGCCCAACAAAAAAAUAACCAAGGGCGCCAGGCGCACCAAUUAGAAUCCGAAAAACCGGACGAUCGGCUCCAGACUCUGGCCAGUCGUUCAUACGACGAAAUCUGGGCCUUCUUCUACGAUCAGCAGGCUGCUGAAAUGAAGGCUCAGGGAAAAGAGUUUGGAGCUUAG